GUUUCUUCAUUCCAGUUGAAUUUCUUCCUUCUGGUUCACAUUGUUGAUUUGAGUCCCAGUUGAUCAAUGGAACAUUUAAAGAAGCCCUUGAACAGUAGAAUGAGUAGAACAUAAGAGUAGACAUGGUUUUAACUACAAAGGGAAAAAAAACUGAAGUUAUUCGUAAUUCCAUUACCCAGAGUUAACAUUUAACAUUUUAGUUGCCUUUUUUCUAUGUGUAUAUAUUUUUUCUUCAUUUGUUCAACAAAUCAUUAGUGAGAACCUUUUUUUGUUGGCACUAAGCACUCUAGGAAUAGCCAUGAGCCCCUGGUUUUACGUCACUUUCAGUGUCUGUUUUAUCUGUUGGUAUACAGUUUUGUAUUUUGCUUCUUUCACUUAAUAAAGCAUUCAGUUUUCCUCAUAUCAUCAAAUAAUGUUUAGUGGCUCAGUAGUAUUUCAGCAUAGAGAUUUUCCUUAAUUUAUUUAUGUAAUACUUUUGGUUGCACAUUUAGGUUAUUUCCAAUCUUGUCUGUAAUUAUAAAACAACUGAGGAAUAUUAUAGUGUGGCAGAAUUCUAAGAUGAUUCCCAAUGAUCCUCACCUUGUAUAAUUCCCUCCCUUGUGAAUGUGAGAGGAUAUCAUUCCCAUGAUUAUGUUAUAUUACAUUCAAAAAGGAUUUUGCAGAUGUACCGUAUAUCGCCAUAUAUAAUGCACACUCACGUUUCUGUGCACAGCAUACAUGGGAUUAUUGUUACCCAUGGUAUUAAUCAUUAUACCCAUGUAUAAUUUGCAUCCUUAUUUUUCCCUCAAAAAUUUGGGCAAAAAAUGUGCCAUUUACAAGGCAAAAGACAGUAAUUAAGGUUACUAAUCAGUUGACUUUGAGUUCAUCAAAGGGGAACUAAUCUGGGUGCGCCUGCACCGAUUACAUGGGCCUUUAAAGAGCAGAGAGUUUUCUCCUGUUGGUGGCAGCAGAGGAAGUCAGAGAGAUUGGAAAUGUGAGCGAGAUUUGACAUGAGGAAGGUUCUCUGUUGCUGAAAUGAAGAAGGCCACAGGCAAGCCCCUGACAGAGGCCUCCAGGAGCUGACAGCAGUCUCUGCUGACAGCCAACAAAAAACCAGGGACGUCAGUCCUACAGCCACUAAGAGCUGAAGUCUGCAAAUGACCUGAAUGAGCUUGGAAGCCAGUGUACUCCCCAGAGCCUCCAGAUGAGAGUCCCAAAUGACUGACAUCUGGAUUUCUGCCUUAUGAGACCCUAAGCAGAGGACCCAGUUGAGCCCACUGGACUUCUGGACCCACAGAACUAAGUAUAUAUUACAAACCAUGCAAAGGCAAGUGAAAAUUCAAAUGACAGAGCAGAGCUAAAGAGCUUGUUACAGAGGCCCUUCCAAAGAGACAGAAGAUAUGUGGUCAAGCCCUAGAAGGAUUCCACUGUUUUCUUCUCUGCCCUGAAGACUUGGAAAUUAAAGGGUAACAUUUUGCAUAAAAAUUUCUGAACGCUGUUUGCUCUUAUCUCUGAGGCCUUUGUGCAGAAUUAACAGGAGGUUUAAUGCCCGAAUGGAUAAAAUGGAUCAUCUUAAAGGAUUGAAGUUCCAAAAAUACAUCAGCAGGACUGGACAGCUCUGACAUAAUGAGAUUUCUAUUUUCGCUUACUUCUGGAACUCUGAAUAGACUAUAAACUGUGCUACACAAGGUCUUGGGGAAGGAAGUUUCUCUUCUAAAUUAUUGCAUACUAUAUAUUUAGUCAUCAAUUUCCUAAGGAAUAAGACUUAGUACUAACUUUUUAAUAUAUGAAGUGGGAGAAAGGGCAGCAAUUGCUGUCACACUGGAAAAGCAACUUAAUUAAAGAAACAGACCCCAGGAAGAGGAGAAAUCUCUGGAUAAGCACUGGGUGAGAUGGCAGAAGCUUCUGCAGAUGCCUCAGCUCUGCCUGUAACAGUGAAAAAAAAGAAAAGUCUAUCCAUUGAAGAAAAGAUUGACAUCAUAAAUGCAGUAGAAAGUGGCAAGAAAAAAGCAGAGAUUGCAGCUGAAUAUGGAAUAAAGAAAAAUUCUUUGUCUUCUAUUAUGAAGAAUAAAGACAAAGUUCUAGAAGCUUUUGAGUCUCUGAGAUUUGAUCCAAAGAGAAAAAGACUGAGAACUGCUUUCUACACAGAUCUGGAAGAGGCAUUAAUGAGGUGGUAUCGAAUUGCUCAGUGUCUAAAUGUGCCAGUUAAUGGCCCAAUGUUGCGUCUAAAAGCUAACGAUUUUGCCCAGAAACUGGGACAUAAUGAUUUUAAGUGCAGUAAUGGAUGGCUGGAUCGCUUUAAAUCCAGGUAUGGCUUAGUAUUCAGAGCUCAACCUGUAGAAGCUACAGGUGUAUCAGCAGACCCUUCAACUGUUUGGCACCAAAAUGUACUUCCUUAUUAUUUAAAUGAUUAUCAUCCUAAAAAUGUUUUUAAUAUAAAAGAGACUGGGCUGCUUUAUCGAAUGUUGCCUACAAAUACAUUUGCAUUUAAAGGAGAAACAUGCUCAAUUGGAAAGUUAUGCAAAGACAGAAUAACUCUGGUGGUUGGGACAAACAUGGAUGGCUCAGAGAAACUUCCUUUGCUUAUCAUUGGGAAAAACAGAAAUCCACAUUGUUUCAAAGGUAUAAAAUCAUUGCCUGUGCAUUAUGAAGCUAACAAAAUGGCAUGGAUGACCUCAGAUGUAUUUGAAGAGUGGAUGCGGAAGCUUGAUGAGAAAUUUCAAGCCCAGCAACGAAGAGUAGUAAUUUUUGUUGAUUCUUUUCCUGCACAUCCAGAGGUCAAGAACCUAAAGUCCAUUGAGUUAGCAUUUUUCCCAUCAUGCUUGUCUUCCAAAUUUAUAGCUAUGAAACAAGGUGUUAUUCAAAGCCUUAAAAUCAAAUAUCGACAUUGUCUUAUCAAGAAAUUUUUAAGUUCUGUUGAAGGCAGCAAAGAAUUUACAUUUUCCCUGCUAGAUGCAGUGGAUACCUUGCAUCUCUGUUGGAGGGCUGUAACCCCUGAGACUAUUGUCAAGAGCUAUGAAGAGGCAGGAUUCAAAUCUCAACAGGGAGAAAGCGACAAGACAAAUGCAGAGACUGACACCGGUCUCGAUUUGGUUGCCCACGCGCAGGCAGCAGGAGUGGAAUUUCCCGAAGGCUUAUCUAUAGAAGAGUACGCUGCGCUGGACGAUGAUCUGGAGACGUGUGAGGCAGCGCCGAAUGGUGACGAGGUAUGGACCAAAGACAGUGAAUCAGACGAAACCGGAUUUUAUGUUUCUGAUGAAGAGGAUGACGGUGGAUCUCUGGGAACUGAACUCCCUUUACCAUCAAAAACCGAGGCAGUAACUGCUUUAGAUACUCUUAAAAUUUUUCUUAGAAGCCAAGAUAUGAAUGAUGAGCUUCAUAAUUCUUUAGCAGACCUUGAAAUUUUUAUUAACUCUUUGUCAUCUAAGUAAUUAUUAUAUAACAUCUGAAGAGCAAUAGCGUUACCUGCUGUAUUUUACUAUAUGAGGUAUAGAAAAGGAAAAUACCACUUAAACAUAAAAAAUGAAAAAUUAGUAGUCUUCGGUUUACUUGCAGAUGUCUUUGAUCUGAAUAGAAAAAUUCCCUAGGUAGAUUAAAUAAUCAUUAAGUAAAUGAAAAACUUGAAUUUCAAAUUAGCAAGCUUUUGGAAAGUAGAAAUGUGUAUCAGAGGCCUUGUACUUGAGAGAUAUAGUAUAUAUGCUAAAAAUAAAAAAAUUCUCCAGCUGUCUGAUUUAUACAGGUUGACUCAGUGAUUGCUAUUUCCUUUUUUUUAAUGUUCAGAUUAUGUUCCAGAAUAUUUUAAUUUAUCUACCUCACCUAAGAAACAAAAUAUCUAUUAUUGCUUAGUUAUUUGAUUUUAAUACAUAUAUGCACAUAUAACUAGACUCUUAAGUAUCAAGUAUUAAUUUUAAAUUACUUAAUUUUUCUCACAACUAGCUAAUCCUCCUAAGAAAUUAUAAAAAACUACUAAAAAUAAAAUCUUACCCAAUUAUACACCAAAAUGAUUUCAAAUUUGUCUUAAUUAUGUUCAAGUUAUUUCUACAUAAGGUCAAACAAAAGACUAUGACCUUGUCAGAUUCUUUAAAUGUAUAACCAGAAGAUGCUAUGGAUUCUCCCUAAAUACUUGUAUGUAUGUCUAAUAGCAAAGUACAUUAUUGAAACAUUUAUUAAGCUCUUAAGAUAUUUAUAUUUUAAUAAGACUACUCUUAAAAGUAAAUACGAAGGUUACAUAUGCUGUUACUAGAAAAGAAAAUAACUUAUGUGGUUCUUAGUUUUCUAAUUUUAACAGCUGAAGCUUAUAAUCUGUAAUAUUUAAUUGUUUUCUUGAUUUUACUGAAUUUUAUUUUUAGGAAAAACUGACUUGUCCUUUUAGCAUAUUCUAAUGUAUUUAAUCCCUCCCUCCACCCCUAUAGUAAUAUUUUGGAUUAAAAAUCUGUUUGAGGAAGCUUUGUCUACCAAAUGUUUAAAAAUAUUGUAUAAAAUUAUUUACUCUUCAUCUAUAAAAGUUUUAAACAGUAGAAAUAUAACAAUGUGUCAAACUUUUCUAUUUUUAAAUUAUAAAUUGUAUGCUUAUUUAAGUUAGAGCUAAUUCAGGGCUCCAUUUGAAAAGUAUUUUGAAACAAUGUAAAAUGUUAUUCAGAUUAUUUUUAAUAUGAAUUAUUAUUAGUGUGACAACAAAAGACAUAUUUGGAAGGAAAUAUUUAUAGAAAGUGUUUUUAUUUUCCACUGUUGAUUUACUCUGCUUUUGAGAUUUUAUAAUAGCGAGGCUUAAAAAUGUAUUAAAAUGAAGAGAGUUUCUUUUAGAGUGAAAUGUGGAUUAUUUAAAUUGAAUUAAAGGCAUUCUUA